AUGGAUCCCAUCACCGCCCUAACGAGUGCCGUCGAACUUUUCGGCGUUGCCCGUCAGAUUCAAAGCCUUGUGGAAAAGUACAAGAAUGCACCCAAGGCUGUGCACGAGAUCAUCGUCGAGUGCAACUUGACGAAAGAUGUGUGCCUCAAUUUGCAAAAACAAGUCUCACAGACUGAUAUCCUCAAAAACCCGGUCAAGAACAGUACCGAGGAUGGUUUGCGGAAGAUGCUUGAUACAUGCAUGGACAAAUUGGAGAAGACACUCAAAGAUUUGGAACACGAAGUCAGCAAGGUGCAGAGCAAAAGCGACUCGCGCAUGGGAAAGUGGGACAAGACGAAGUUCUUAUGGAGGGAGGAGAUCUUUUCAGAUGCUACGCAAAGUAUCCAAGAUCAGAAAGCCCGCCUUGGUAUUGUUAUCCAGCUUCUGCAAGUGCGUACUGGUCAAGAAGUAAAGGAGGGCGUCCAUAAUGUACAGAAGGGUGUCGACACUCUCCGAGAGGAGGUUAGAGGGAUAUUGACCGAAUUUCUCAAAAGGCAAAACCCCCCUCAACUGGGUUUACAGCCACCAUCGGAGUUGAAGAAGAGUAGAUCAGAUACUCAGAUCAACACAACAGGCAAGCGAUUUGCUGACGACCUCUUUGCCGCUGUACGAGGCGGGCGGCUUGAGGACCUUGAGCCCAUUUUGGCCCAAGGCGUCUCUGUAAACAUAGCCCUAGGAGACCGCGGUGACCGGGCCAUACAUGUUGCCGCUCGCGAGGGAUUUCUGCUCGUCCUGGACCGGCUUAUUGCUUCCGGAGCAGACGUCAAUGUCCAGAAUGCGCUGCAGGAUACAGCAUUGCACCAGGCGCUCAAUCGAGGACAGAUUCCCACUUCGUUGGCGCUAUUGUCGAGCGGGGCCAGUUGGAAGAUCAGGAAUGCCAACGGGACCACGCCGCUACACACAGCCGUGAGGAGUUCUGCAUAUCUUGUUGUGCAAUAUUUGCUCGAUAAGGGGGCAGACGCAAAUGCUCGAGACAGAUGGGGUCAUACUCCCCUUUAUAAGGCAUGCAUUCCCCCGGAGAAGGAUAAGAAAAAUGACUUUGUCAUCAACCUGAAAAUCAUUCGGUUACUCGUCGAGCGAGGAGCAGAUCCGACGCUUGGGGGUUGGAAAACCGGCAGAACUCCGAUUCACGGGCUUGCGUCGAGUGGGCACGCAAAGGAGCUCGAGAUCUUGGCCAAGGAGGCCAAGACUCUCGAACUACCGCUGACAGGAGACUCUCAGGGUGAAACGCCGCUCCUCGUUGCAGUCAAGAACAAACACCCAGGCGCCGUAGAUGUUCUGCUCAAACGUGGAGCCAACGUGAACGCGAGAGAGACUUCAAAAGACGGUACGGCGCCGACUGCCCUAUGGUACGCCGCUUACAACCUGGACCUAAGCAUCGCGGCCAAGCUUCUCGAAGCUGGCGCAGAUCCGCGUGCAAAGAGCAAUGGCAUAACUCUUCUCCAUCUUGCAGCGACGAAGCAUUGGCUUGAGCUGGCUAAGCUGCUGGUCAAACACAAAGCCGAUCUGGAUGCCAAAUCAUCUAGUCACGAUACACCUCUCCAUGCGGCUGUAUGGGUCAAGGAUUUCCCGAUAGUUCGGUUUAUGCUAGAGAACGGGGCCAAAGUAGAGGCGAAGGGGUACCGCACGGCGACUCCGAUCAUGGCAGCAGCCGAGACCGGCUCGCUGCCAAUGAUUAGGCUCCUGCUUAAGCACGGAGCUCAGUGGUCUUACAUGACGCCUCAAGGCUCAAACGCGUUUAUUUGGUCAUCGUCCGGCGGAAGCGUCGUGUGCGUGAGCUUCUUCCUCGGCUGUGGCCAAGAUCUGCAUCACAGGGCCGAGGGGGAUUAUACUGCACUACACUAUGCGGCGAGGACAGGCAAAAUGGAGUGCGUCAAGUUUCUUCUAGAGCUGGGCAUCGAUAAGCAGGUCAUGCCGACGAAGAUGAGAGCACCGUUCAAGGUCAGGGGGACGGCAGCCGAGGUUGCGAGGGCGCAUGGGGCCGUUGAAGUAGCGGACUUCAUUGAGAGGUAUAGGGGCGAGUAG